CGCCCGCCCGAGCGGGCGACCCGGCGCGAUGGACCCGGCCGUUCCCACUGUCCAGCCUCGAGCCCAGCCACCGCCACCCGGCGUGUGGCCGCCGGUGGGCUCCGAGGAGGAGUUCUAUGACUGCCCGGAUUACUACUACCUGCGCGACUUCCCAGCCUGCGGGGCCGGUCGCAUUAAGGGCCGGACGCGGCGCGAGCGAGAACGGCGUACCAACUGGCUGGUGCCCGGCGGCCACGAGCGCAAGAUCGCGCAGAAGCUCCUGAACAGCCAGCGCAAGCGUCGCCAGCGCCAGCUGCAGCCCCGGCCGCGCACCCGUCUCACCUGAGCGCCGGAUAUCCAUACCCGAAGGACCUAAGUAUUUUCUCUGACUCCACCUGUAAUUGUGGUCCUAAGGGGAACAGUCCAUGUUGGUCAGCAGAACUUCUUUUCAACAUCGCUUAAGUUUACUGCUUCAGUGUCUUCCUUACUGAUUGUUAAGUAACAUUCAAGUGGGUAUGCCUGCUUAGGGUUUAGGGUUUUUCAUUAAAAGAGAGCAGCAAGAAUGGCA